ACGAUUUGUAAACAGUUCACGUGGAAACUAUGCAAUAAAUACUUAAAAAAUUGGUUCAACAAAUCGAACAACGCAAUAUUCAUGCUUUUUUUUUGCUUUUAUUAUGAAUAUAUAUUGAUUGGACUUCAAGUGUUUCAUUAGAAUUGAAAAUGUCGACUGCUAGCUUUAUGUACAAACGUUCAGGAUGGUUUGUCAGGAUGUCACCUGAAAAGCAAGAUACCUUGCUGAAGAUGCUUAUUCUAUCAAUGGCUGCUGUGCUGUCUUUCUCCACCCGCUUGUUUUCUGUUUUGAGAUUUGAAAGCGUAAUUCAUGAAUUUGAUCCUUACUUCAACUAUCGUACAACAAAAUUUCUGUCAGAAAAUGGAUUUUACAACUUUCACAACUGGUUUGAUGACAGAGCUUGGUAUCCUUUGGGAAGAAUUAUUGGUGGCACAAUCUAUCCGGGUUUGAUGAUAACAUCUGCAACUAUAUAUCAUGUUUUGCAAUUUCUUCAUGUCACCAUUGACAUUCGUAAUGUUUGUGUGUUUCUGGCUCCACUGUUUUCCAGCCUCACAACUAUUAUCACAUACUUGUUGACAAAAGAACUUAAGGAUGCAGGUGCUGGGCUUGUUGCUGCUUCUAUGAUAGCCGUUGUACCUGGAUAUAUAUCUCGUUCCGUUGCUGGUUCUUAUGAUAAUGAAGGCAUUGCCAUCUUUUGUAUGCUUCUGACUUACUACAUGUGGAUCAAAUCUAUAAAGACAGGAUCAAUUCACUGGGCGUCUAUGUGUGGUGUUGCUUAUUUUUACAUGGUGUCGUCUUGGGGAGGUUACGUGUUUCUAAUUAAUUUAAUUCCUCUGCACGUCCUGGCAUUGAUGAUCACUGGCCGAUUUUCACAUCGAGUUUAUGUUGCUUACAGUACAUUGUAUUGCCUUGGAACUUUGCUAUCUAUGCAAAUUUCUUUUGUUGGAUUUCAACCUGUUCAGUCAAGUGAGCAUAUGGCGGCUCUUGGAGUAUUUGGCCUUUGCCAGAUCCAUGCUUUUGUCGAUUAUUUACGAUCUCGCUUAUCCUACGAAUAUUUUGAAGUGCUUUUCCAAGCCGUUGUUUCUUUCUGUGCCGUUGUAGCUCUUUCUGUUGGGGCUGUUUUAACUAUCACUGGCAAAAUUUCACCUUGGACUGGUCGGUUUUACUCUUUAUUGGAUCCUUCUUAUGCCAAAAACAACAUACCUAUCAUUGCAUCUGUCUCAGAACAUCAGCCCACAUCCUGGUCAAGUUUCUAUUUUGAUUUGCAGUUUCUUGUGUUUAUGUUUCCAGUUGGACUUUACUAUUGCUUUUCAAAGCUUACAGAUGCCAAUAUUUUUAUAAUUUUGUAUGGAGUUACCAGCAUUUAUUUUGCCGGUGUCAUGGUACGAUUGAUGCUUGUAUUAGCACCUGUAAUGUGCAUUCUGUCUGGCAUUGGUGUAUCAUCCAUUUUAACAACAUACUGCAAGCAACUUGAUUCAACUCAACAUGACAAAAAAGCCAAAAGAUUUGACAGCAACUAUUUCAAGAAAAAUGAAGUUGCAUGUUCAUUUAUCCUUGUGAUGUCCUUUUUUCUGACCGCUUACAUGAUCCACUGUACAUGGGUCACAUCAGAAGCUUAUUCCUCGCCUUCUAUUGUGUUAUCAGCUCGAAGUCACGAUGGAUCUAGAAUCAUUUUUGAUGAUUUCCGAGAAGCUUAUUACUGGUUGAGACAUAAUACUCCCGAAGAUGCCAAAGUUAUGUCCUGGUGGGAUUAUGGCUAUCAAAUUACUGCUAUGGCUAAUAGGACAAUACUAGUGGACAACAACACCUGGAACAACACUCACAUUUCUCGUGUCGGUCAAGCCAUGGCAUCAUCCGAAGAAAAAGCUUACGAAAUUAUGAAAGAAUUGGAUGUGAAUUAUGUCUUGGUUAUUUUUGGUGGACUUACAGGUUAUUCUUCAGAUGACAUUAAUAAAUUUCUGUGGAUGGUACGUAUUGGUGGAAGCACAGAACGUGGUAAACACAUUAAGGAAAAUGACUACUAUACUUCCUCGGGAGAAUUUCGCAUCGACAGAGAAGGAUCUCCUAUUCUUUUGAACUGUCUUAUGUACAAAAUGUGUUACUACAGAUUUGGUUCUGUGUAUACCGAAGCUGGAAAACCUCCUGGAUAUGAUAGGGUCAGAAAUGCUGAAAUUGGAAAUAAAGACUUUGAGCUGGAUGUGCUAGAAGAAGCUUAUACUACGGAACAUUGGUUGGUUAGAAUAUAUAAAGUUAAAGAUUUGCCUAAUAGAGGAGUUUAACUUUUACAACCAUGUCUUUCUUUUUUAUACUUAAUAUUUUUGUAUGAAUAACAAGUGUUCAAAUUUUUGAGUUGAGUUUUUUCAUGUUACAUAUGGGAGAUUUCAGUGUCUGACACAAUUUUAUACACUUGGUUUAUAUUGUUAAAACGAUGCAAAAACAAUAUGUGUUUAAAUUAUCUGCUUAAAGUAAGAAAUGCCAAUACAUUUUUUUUUUAAAUACCCCCCUCCCCAUUGUUUAAUGUUUCUGCAUUCACAUUAUUUUAAAAUUAAGAGAAAAAAAUUAAUUUGGAAAAACAAUAUGACUGGGUGAAAUUUUCUUGAUGAAAAAUUUUCUGUUUAAAAUGUGUCUUCUAAUUAACUAUGUAGAAUCAAUUAACAAAAAAAAAUUAAUAAGGAACUAAAGUUGUUUAAUUUAGUAUUAAUUUUAUGAAUUCCUUCCGUUCUUGCCUUGUAGUUUAAAGGGGAUAUCUAAGGCUUCAUAUCUGAAUGAAAUUUUUAGGGGUAAAUUAAACAUUAGUUGGUGUUAUUUAAACAUGUCUCCUUUCUUGUGAAAUUAAUUUUACAUAGUACAUAUUAGGCAGUGAGAAGCAAAGGUAUGUAAGUGGCAAAAUUGAAAAUUUUGGAGAUAACCAGUACACAUGGUAGGAGAACCUCCCCUCGUCUUGGGGCAAGAGAUGUUACUAGUAGCCCUGGUAGUUGCUGCUAUACAGCAUGAUUUAGAAAAAUAUUUCAAUGAAAGCCUACCUAGGAGUUAAUCCAGGGUUCGUACGCUCCUUCAAAACUCCUCCAAUACUCCUUCAUUCAGGAAAUUUUUUUGAAGAGCCCUUCAAGCUCCUUCAUUUUGGUUUUAACUCCUUCUGUUUUAGUUCAAGACUACAUAAUCUUCCUCUAUGACUGUAACUUAUAAUACUUUGAUCAACAACUAACUUUGUCACAAGGGCGAUUUUUAUGUAGUAAUUUCGUUCAUUUAUUUUUUCAAGAAUCUGUGGUUUACAAAUUGAUCAUAUUUAAGUCGUAAAAGUUGAAGGUGAAAAUUUUAUUCGAAAACUAAAACGUUUCAAAAGUGAAUUAAAAACAUGCUUAAACUGUGCUUGGCUAUUUUUUCAAGUUUAAUGAUUAUUGUUUUUCCCUCCACCACUCUCAGCAGCAAAAGUCAGGUUGUCUAAUUAUUAUUUAAAUAUUUAAAACUGCAUAAGUAGAUGCAUUAUAUUAAGUGAUUGUGUUAAAAAAAUAGUUGUUUAGUAAACCGAAGUUAUGAUGUUGUAAAAAGGGUCAUCUGCAAGUGAUGUUAUGCAUUGAUUAGGAGACGGGCUCAUGAAAUUGUGACAAAGGGAAGAGAGAGGAUGACAAAAAGUGACAUCACACAGUUAUUGUAACAAUGUUUAUAAGAAAUAUGACAUGUGACAAGGGAGGAGUUAGGUGAAGCGUGACACAUUGUGAUGAAGGGGGAAGGGGUCAAAUAUGUUGAAAAAAAAGUGUGACAUCAUUUAAUGACAGCCCAUUUGUAUUCCUUCAAAACCUCAUUUUACUCCUUCAAACCUCCUCCAAAACUCCUUCAUUUUAUUUCUGAAAUUGAGUACGAACCCUGUAAUCUUUUAACGCGUUUUACUCAAAACUAGAAAAUGUCCACUUACAUCCCUUUGUUUCUCACUGCCUCAUAUGUACAAACUUCCAACAUUCCAGAGUCGACUUUUAAAAUGGAUUGUUUAAGCUUCUUCAUUUCUUUCCUUGAUCUAAUCUUAAGGAACUUGUGAGACAACUUGUGAUCAUACCGCUUCCUCCCUCAUCUAGUGAUUGUGAUUUUUCUGAACAAAUGCUGUUUAUAAUUGUAAUGAUUUUAUGUCUUAAUUGGAGAGAACAAAUAUAAUUUAUUAACAAAUAUGGUUUGUCAAUGUUUGCAGGUUUUUAAUGUUGCACCCUGAUAUAAAAUUUGCUCAUGUAUAAAAAUGUCCCUUGUAAUUUCAGUUGUUUUCGGUGUUUUGAAAAUUAAGUUUGAUAUAUUAUUUGCCAAUGUCAUUUUUAAGAAUCGAACAAUGUAUUUUAAUGUGCUUUCUACAUUUACCACAAAUGUAUUUUAUGAUUUAUUUAGUUACUUAAUCAAACCAAGAUGCAUUUGAAGUACAAUCACAUUUUGAAAAGAUGUCACGUUUUUGGUAAUAAAAUGAACACUUGGAUGGAUAA